UCUACCUGAGAGAAAGAGAGAGCAAAUGAAAGAGAGAGAGAGAGCAAACGAGCGCGCGCUCUAAGUGCAGGUUUCUGGGUUGGCAGCAGAGCGCGCGAAUAGAGCGUGGCACGCGGAAUAUUGGCCAAAAUUACCACGAACUCAAACAUCAGGAGACUCUCUGCGAUCAAGAACGCCACCCUUCAUAAACCUAUUUCUCCUAAACGCUCAAAUUAUCCGAGCAGUAGCAGCCAUGCCAUUUGGCUGUUUGACGCUGGGAGAGAAGAAGGACUACAACAGUCCGUCAGAGGUCACUGAUAAGUAUGACCUGGGACAGGUAGUGAAAUCGGAGGAGUUUUGUGAAAUCUUCAGGGCGAAGGACAAGAACACACUGAAAAUGUACACCUGUAAAAAGUUCCUGAAGAAAGACGGGAGAAAAGUACGGAAAGCAGCCAAAAACGAGAUUCUCAUCUUGAAAAUGGUGAAGCAUCAUAACAUCCUCCAGCUGGUAGAUGUCUUUGAGACGAGAAAAGAGUACUUCCUCUUUCUGGAGCUGGCCACAGGAAGGGAGGUGUUCGACUGGAUCUUAGACCAGGGCUACUACUCAGAACGUGACACCAGCAAUGUGAUUCGGCAGGUGCUUGAGGCUGUGGCUUACCUGCACUCUCUCCACAUCGUUCACAGAAACCUAAAGCUGGAAAAUCUGGUCUACUAUAACCGUCUGAAGAACUCCAAGAUUGUAAUCAGUGACUUUCAUCUGGCCAAACUGGAAAAUGGUCUCAUCAAAGAGCCAUGUGGCACACCAGAGUACCUUGCUCCAGAGGUGGUUGGCAGACAGAGAUAUGGCAGACCAGUGGACUGCUGGGCCAUCGGGGUGAUCAUGUACAUCCUACUGUCAGGAAACCCACCUUUUUAUGAUGAGACAGAAGAUGACGAUUAUGAUAAUCAUGAUAAGAACUUGUUCCGGAAAAUUCUGUCUGGAGACUACGAGUUUGACUCACCCUAUUGGGAUGACAUCUCAGAUUCAGCAAAAAGCCUAGUUGCAUGUUUAAUGGAUGUGGACCAGGACCAAAGACUGACUGCACAGGAAGCCAUCAACCAUGAGUGGAUAUCUGGAAAUGCUGCCUCAGACAAGAACAUCAAAGAUGGCGUUUGUGCUCAGAUUGAGAAAAACUUUGCUAAAGCUAAAUGGAAGAAAGCUGUUCGUGUGACCACCAUGAUGAAGAGACUUAGGGCUCCAGAUCAGAGUGACUCUGGAGCCUCUAGUCCUGCACUGGGAGCCUCAGGAGGACCUGUUACCCCCAGCACCACCCCUGUUCCCCUGGCUGCCACACCAGUGCCUCCCCACAGCACCCUGGUAGGCCAAGAUCACCCCGAGGCCCAGGGACAGGAGGCAUCGGCUCCAACACGGUGUAAUGGAGAGAUGUUGACAUCCCAGCAGCGUUAGUGGGGAGACAAGGGAGGAAUAGAAUGGCUGAUUACAUUUAGAGAAAUAUAGUAACAAAUAGAGCAGCACCAUAUUGAAAUCUAAUGGUGGAGCAAAAUUCAAUUGUGCUUAGAAGCUUGAUCGCCAUUUUACAUUUUCAUUUGUGCAAAAUGCUGUAAUCUACGAAGACUUUAAAAUGUAAAUCCCAGACCCAUAGUAGUUUAUGGCCCAGUUUCACAGACAUUUCACAGAUAUUUAACUUUUACAAAUGUACACUUGAAAAAAACAUUACUGAUUUUGAGACAUUUUGAGACAAAACAAUGGCACUGACAUAUUUUAAGAUAUGUCAGUACAAGUUGCUGUCAGUUAAAACAGCUCAAACAUGCAUUUUAGUUCAGGACUAGCUUAAGCCUUGUCUGUGAAACCAGGGGUACAUGUAUUUUCUUAAAUAGCUUUAUCGAAGAAAUAUUGGUUGUUACUUCUCAAAUAAUACAGUGAUUUAAUUUUCUUAAUUUGCCAUUGUUAAUUCAAAUCUAUUCAAUUGCUGCCAUUACAGUUUAUUUAUUUGGUUCUUAGUGUUCCUAAGUUUAUGUGGUUCAAAUAUAUUCAGCUUUAUUUGUUACAUACCUGAAACUUGCAGGUGGAAAACUAUAUUUUUCCACAUUUUUUUGGACCAUUUUUUUAAAAAAUACAACCGAAUGAGAUUAAUCUAAAAGCAUUAAAGGAUUAGUCAACUUUCAAAUAAAAUUUUCCUGAUAAUUUACUCACCCCCAUGU